UUUGUCUGUCUGACUUGUUUUAUCUUUCUUCAGGAGGCCUCUAACGUUCACACGCCUGCUUCAACCCCCUUUAGGCACACACUAAAAUCCCUCCAUUCAAGGACACGGUACUGAAGCUAUUUUGGCAGCGUGUUUCCUUUAGGAAUGCAGAAGUUGUGUAUUAAACUCGUGUCCAUUGUAGUACCUUUCCCAAACACGCACUUGACACGGUUGUGACUACGAGGAAAUGGUUGCGAUGAUGUGCUUUUGUCUGAUGCUGCUUCUACCUGUAACGGUGUUUACAGGGCCUGCCAGCCCUACACUUUCUCCAUCGCACCAUCUUUUGCAGGACGUGCCAUGUGUUGAGGAGAAGCAGAAGCGUCACCCUGAUGCACUGUGUGAGGACUUCCUCACUUUGCAAAAUGUCUGGAGAAAAGACGGAGAUCUGGUGAAGCAGGGAUUAGCACAGUUUGGAUUUUGUACACAUGAUGCUGAACAGGUUUCAUCACUAACAAUGCAAAUGGAGCAGAAAGAGAAUGGCCCAGAAUGUUUGCACAGCAAAUCAGAACAUUGGGGUGUUGACGAGGAUGGGACUUUUACACUGACCCUACAUUUUGCAAAGCCUGGGACAUACGAACAAACCACACUGGCUUCCAUGAUGCUGCUGUUUUUCAUUGAGUCCUACAACUCAGAUGAGUUGAAGAUCACAUUCAGCAGUCAUGUCCUUCAGCCAAACAACCAGAUGGUGUGUAUUUCUCAGGCAACACGCUUCCUGGUUCUUAGAGGAGUUCAGCCCGAGAGCUCUAGUCAUGAGAAUAUACAACUGAGGAUGGAAGUUCAGCAUGACAGUGGAAAGAAAAUAGGUUUGUCUGAAUUUCAGACCAUUAUGAAUAAGAGGAACAGCAGAUCCAAGAGUCCAGUAGUUCUUUUGUUUCCAAAGAAAUCUGACAACCAUUCAAAUGGAACGUUCCUCUUUUUGUGUGAACUACAGAAGUUCUUAAAUGAAGUAUCACCUCAAGGAAAUCCAUUGCCUGUACAAGAUGAAGUCGUGGCGAUCAGCCCCAGUGUUCUUCACUCUCUUCCUUCUUUACCUCUUGGGAGGUUUUCAAGCGAGUCUCUUCUUCAUGAGCUGGUCAAUUCGUCAAGCACAGUUCUAUUCCACUUUCCUGACCAAAGCCUGGAACUGAGGAGCAACCGAGUGGAGCUGGAUCUAAAGCCAUCAUUGCUGUCUGUGCUGAAAUUGAAACUAGAUGAGGCUUUAGCAAAAGUGCAGAUGGAGGACGUUGGACGUGGUGCGAUGGAUAAACUGCAGACUCUUAGUGUUCUCAGUGCACUUCCUGAUGAUGGAGCAGAGCCGGGUACAGGUUUGGAGAACCAACGUGAGGUCCAGUACAGAGCCCUAUUACUUCUGAAGGGUUUACAGGCUGUGCUUAAUGCUUGGGCCGUAGAGAGAGCUCAGAGAGCGGCCCGAGCCGGGCAGCAGGAACCAGCAAGGAUUAAUCAUUGUCACCUGGAGAGUUUCACUGUGUCUCUGGAGAAGUACCUGUUGGAUCCUGCCACAGCCAAUAUCAACAACUGUGAAGGAGCAUGUGGUUUCCCUCUGUUCAGCGGUAACAACCAUGCCAUCCUGCUGAACAGCCACUUGCAGAGCGGACAGCCUCUAAAUCGCCCCCUCUGCUGUGUGCCCGUGGCGUACGAGGACCUGUGCGUGAUCGAGGUCCACCGAGACUCCACCCUGGUCUCUUACAAGACCAACAUGGUAGCCAAGGAGUGUGGAUGUCGCUAAUGAUAAUAUUAACACUGACAUACACACACAUACAUAUGCUACAGUAUACAGUAUAUAAUAAACAAGUCUCACAGUCUUACCUUAUAUUUCAUUUAUUUUUGCAAGUGCACAGAUUUUUUUCAAAAAUACAAAAUGCAGAAACUACUGCUACAGUGUUUGACAUGCAGAUCAGACGUUCAAUCUGUCAGUCGAGACAACAUAUCAGCUGUGCAAAACCAAGAGUGCUGACACAUACCUCUUCUGAAUGUAAAAUAUCAUGUGUGUUUGGAUUUGUAAUGGAAAGACUUUCCGCUUUCUGAGGUGUACAAUGAUAUAAAAAAUCUUACAAGAGCAAUAUCAUUGUGUAAUUCUUCCAAUGCAGUAACUCAAUGUAUUUAUUAGACUUUAAGCUAAGCCAGUUUUGCAUGUAGAAUAA